AUGAAAGAACAGGUUUUGCUUUUCCUAUUUAUAGCAGCUAAUCAAAUUAGUGAGAACGCUACAGUGGCAAUGACAAUCAUUAUCCUGACGAAGCUACAGAAAAAGCGAUACACCAAGAAAGACAACGCAGCACACAAAAUUCUAUAUUUUAUGCUCAAUUCGGAUCAUCUCAUUGUAUUCAUUGUUAGUCUGCGUUUUGCAUUCUGAUUGUAGUAACCUACGUGUUUCAACCAGUGCACUCCAUAACCUGCCUUCCGUAGCCGGUACCUUGUAGCAUGCAUCAUGUAAUCGUAUAUUCGUAUUCUGUAUUCUGUUAUCCGUCAUUUAAAAGCUGUAGUCUGUCUUGCAUAAUAAGUGUUAUGAGAUGUGCAUUUUUUGAUCUAUAUUCUAUAAUAUGUUUUCUGUAAUAUAUCUUGUGUAAUAUCUAUUCUAUCCUUCGUAUUCUGUAAUUUGCACUCUGUAAUCUGUGAUCUGUAUUCUGCAAUCUGUAUUCUGUAAUCUGUAAUCUGUAUUCUGUAAUCUACAG